AUGGAGAGGAAGGGAGAUGAGCAAGGCAAGGGAAAAGAAAGGAAGGAGCUUCGAGCGUUUCAUCUAUUUUUGCUUUUUUCUCCCCAGAGGUCCUUGUCUCCUCGCUCCAUCUCUCCUCCUCCCUCCCCAGAGAAUCUGUCCAAGGAGACAAGGGAGUGGCUCGAGAGCCGAUCACCUGGAGGGUCCUCGCCUGGUUCCACCAUCCCGAGCACCAGAACCCACAGCGCACACACCCCGUCAACGCCAAACACACCAACCACACCCAACGCACACUCAUCUGGUACUGUGAAGAGCACCGUGCAGCAUUUCCACAGGCCAGAAAAUGGUACCAACAUCUACAAGAAGCCUCCCAUCUACAAACAGGAUGUGUCGUCCUCUUCGGUCCCUCAGGGGAAACACAUCGAGGAUUUGAUCAUCGAGUCUUCAAAGUUUCCUGCAGCUCAGCCUCCAGACCCGAACCAGCCCUCCAAGAUCGAGACCGACUACUGGCCCUGCCCCCCCUCGCUGGCCGUGAUUGCAGAAAAGGAAUGGAAGAGGAAGGAGCAGAAAGUCGAGGAGGAGGAGGAGGAGGAUGGAGAGCUGGAUGAUGAGCUGUGGGGACUCAGAAAGCUUCAGAAGCAAGAGCUGAACAAGAUUCAGUCCAAUCUGGGCAAAAUCAUCCUGAAGGAGGAGCUGGAGAAGUCUGCAGCACCUCUGAGGAGGAAAACCCGCUCUUUACCAGAGCACAGCCACAAUGCCGCCCCGCCCCUCUGCUCUGCAGGGUCCAACGCCUCCAGGUUCGUGUAUUUCCCAGCGCCCUCUAAGAGCGGCCUGUCCAGGUUGCGCUCGGCCGAGUUCAGCUCCUCGGAGAAACCUGCUGCAGGGCUUCAGAACGGGGACUCGAGGAUGGACAGAGGGAACUCUCUCCCCAGCAUGCUGGAGCACAAGGUUUAUCCCUACGAGGUGCUGGUGGUGACUCACAGAGGACGCAGCAAACUGCCCCCCGGUGUGGAUCGGACACAGCUGGAGAGGCACCUCUCUCAGGAGGAGUUCUUCAGCGUUUUCGGGAUGUCCAUCGAGCAGUUCGAUCGCCUCUCCCUCUGGAAGAGGAACGACCUGAAAAAAAAGGUCUGUCUCUUCUGAAGCUGCUCGCCUCACAGUCCCUCGCUUCCAGCUGGCGGGACACGGAACCAAACGGACUCCGAGCGCUAUCAUCAGCCGACACCCUCACUUCAG